CCCACUAAUAUUGUUUAUUAACGAAAAAAAAAAGAGAAAAACAAAAUGAAACGCCCACCACCCUUCCCGUGAGGAAUAACGAUAGCCGCAGCAGAGCAAAACCCAUUCGAGUUCGAAUUCCUUUGCCGUGGAAUAAGUCCUGAAUCUCCAGGUCCUUUCAUCUUCUGUACCUAAAAGUUUCAAUCUUUUUUUUGUUCUUUUCGUUUUGGGCUCUCUUUGGAUUCUUUCAACUCCUGGUUUGAUCGUUCGAGGAUUUUGUCUCGUCCCCGUUCUUAUUUCAUGGGUUCAAUCAAUCUUCUUGAAGCUUUUCUGCUGAUAUAUGAACAUGGGAUUUUCAUCUUGAAUCCGUCAAACUUCGUCUUGGGUUUGCCCGCCUGAUAUAAUUGUUGUGAAUCGCGGACAAUUCGAGAGAAAAGUACAUCCUUUUAUCGGUAUUUUUAAUUCUGCAUUAGGUGGGAGACAAAAAAAAAUGGCUUUGGCCGGGAAAUCCGAGAAAUUUUCUGCGGAUUUCGUAAUGGGAGGUGCUGCAGCCAUUGUGGCAAAAACGGCAGCUGCACCGAUUGAAAGAGUGAAACUCCUGCUUCAAAACCAGGGGGAGAUGAUCAAGACAGGACACCUCAAGAGACCUUACACCGGUCUCGGUGAUUGCUUUGUCAGAAUCUUCAGAGAGGAAGGCGUUUUGUCCUUUUGGAGGGGAAAUCAGGCAAACAUCAUUCGAUAUUUCCCAACUCAGGCUUUCAACUUUGCGUUUAAAGGUUACUUCAAGAACCUUUUUGGAUGUUCAAAAGAGAAAGAUGGUUACUUGAAGUGGUUUGCCGGUAAUGUGGCUUCUGGAAGUGCUGCUGGAGCAACUACUUCUUUGUUCCUGUAUCAUCUGGAUUAUGCACGGACCCGGUUGGGAACUGAUGCAAGGGAAUGUUCUGGUAAUGGCCAGAGACAGUUUAAGGGGUUAUUAGACGUGUACCGUAAAACCUUAUCGAGUGAUGGCAUAAGAGGCCUUUAUCGUGGGUUCAGUGUGUCCAUAAUGGGGAUAACUCUGUACCGAGGCAUGUACUUCGGGAUGUAUGACACCUUGAAGCCCAUUGUUUUAGUGGGUUCCUUUGAGGGAAACUUCUUGGCAAGCUUUCUGUUGGGUUGGAGUAUUACUACCUCUGCGGGCUUCACAGCUUACCCCUUUGACACUCUCAGGAGGAGAAUGAUGCUUACCUCCGGACAGCCUGUAAAAUACCGGAAUGCCAUCCAUGCCUUCACUGAGAUAGUACAAUUCGAAGGCUUUCGUGUACUUUUUAGAGGGGUUACUGCAAAUAUGCUUCUUGGGGUUGCAGGGGCCGGGGUGCUUGCAGGGUAUGAUCAGCUGAACCGAAUUGCAUAUCGACAUGGGUUUCAUAGUUAUGAGCAAAGUCCAAAGGGGUUGAAAUGAAGACCCGCGGGUCAUUCACAAAAUUCCUCCGCAAGCUGUGAUGAACUAGCAGGGGGAAAAGUAUGGCUUGCGUCAAAGCAGCAGAACAACCAGGCAAAAAUUGUUGAUAGUACUGUAUUUGUUUCCUUUACCGUUGGUGGAUUUGGGAAUUGUACAUUCUUCUUUAGCAAUACAUUGUUAAUUUGGCAAUGGAAUGAAUAAAUUCAAUUAUGUCA